CCAGUCACAGUCACGUGGCCGCAGACGACAUGCACAGAGCUAUUUCAAUUUUGGCUCUGCUUAUUUGCAGUGCAGCCAGUAUGGCGGAUGCUAAGCCGAUCUUCAUUAAGGUGUUCUCGCCGAGCAGUGGUGCCUCCAGUGGCGGCUACUCGUACGGAAGUUCCAGUACGGUGACAGCCUCGCCCAUUAACCCACAGCUGAUCUCCACCCUGAUAUCCACCAAAAUACAGCUGCUGAACAGCGUGCUGCAGGCCAAGUCGUCAGGUGGUGGCUUCGGGUUUGGAUUCAACAAAUUCGUAUCCUUCUCCAGCACCACUUCAACGACGGAGAAGCCGGUCACGUACCGCACCACAGAGGUAAACACAGACUUUACUCCGGAAGACAGCUCUACUCAAACCACUCAAACCGUCUACACGACAACAACAGAAGGUGAUAUCGAAACGCCAAAGCCUACAGUACAUCCCGGACGUCCAGUCUCGACCAGCACGACAGAAGUGAUCGCAGUGGAGAGCACCACCGAUGUGGCAGAGAUCAGCUCCACGACGAGAGCAACAUCUGGCUACUCCUAUACGUCUCCGACGCCCCCCCCUGCCACCAGCACAGUAGGCACCUAUUACUUGCCCUCUUCUCUUGCCUAAGUCCAAGCAAAGCCCUUCAAAUAUAUGUACUUACACACAUGUAGUGUGUAGGUACCUUUGCAUCUGCGCUUAAAUUUUAGAGCUUAGUCUUAAUUGUAUUCCGUCAAGAGUAAACUUCAAUAGCUCCAUUGA